CUGCAGAGGGACUCCUGUAAUGUAGCUCAGCUUAUCAAUCCCUUACAGAUGCCGAACAGUGAUUACUCCGCUGUAUAAUUGAAAUCAUUUUGGAUUUGUGAUGAUAUCUUAGCCAAGCAGAAGAUGAUGAGAAAAUGGUGUGGAGACUUGGUUUGAGUGAUGCAUUAGAUUUUAGUUCAUGUCCUGUGAAUCUCUGGAAAGGUCCAGAGGAAGAAAUGACCAUGUAGAUACUACAGCCUGAGUGCAGCAUAAUGGGAAAUGGCGACUGGAGUGGAGCUGGUCUGCAGCCUUGAGAGCAGCCAUCCUGCAACUUAUUACCUGGUCAGGGACACCUCAGUCAUCAGAGGCAUUCUCCACUGAGUCUGCUGAACACACGCUAGAUUCUUCUUAACCCCUUAGGUUGGAAUUUGAGUUUUCUCCCUUGCACUUUUGAAGCAAUUACACAAUUCCAUUUGGUAGACAGAGUGGAGCAAUAAAAUAAUAAACAAUGGGUGACAUGACAAACAGCGAUUUCUAUUCCAAGAACCAAAGAAAUGAGGUCAACCAUGCAGGAGAGUUUGGGUGCUCGCUACAGGAUCUGCGCUCCCUCAUGGAACUCAGAGGAACAGAAGCAGUAGUAAAAAUUAAGGAGACUUAUGGGGACACAGAAGGCCUCUGCAGACAUUUAAAGACAUCACCAACAGAAGGAUUACCUGGCACUGCUGCAGACCUAGAAAAAAGAAAGCUUAUUUUUGGGAAAAACUUUAUACCUCCAAAGAAGCCAAAAACUUUCUUACAGCUAGUUUGGGAAGCUCUACAGGAUGUGACUCUUAUAAUUUUGGAAAUUGCAGCCAUCAUAUCUCUGGGGCUCUCAUUUUAUCAGCCACCUGGAGGAGGGAAUGAAGGUUGUGCUGCUGCAUCAGGAGGAGCUGAAGAUGAAGGUGAGGCAGAAGCUGGAUGGAUUGAAGGUGCUGCUAUUCUACUCUCUGUUAUUUGUGUUGUACUCGUCACAGCCUUUAAUGACUGGAGCAAGGAGAAGCAGUUUCGUGGGCUUCAAAGUCGUAUUGAGCAGGAACAGAAAUUUACGGUGGUCCGAGGGGCACAAGUUAUUCAGAUCCCAGUGGCAGAGAUAGUAGUUGGUGACAUCGCACAGGUUAAAUAUGGUGAUCUCCUGCCUUCUGAUGGGAUUUUCAUUCAAGGAAAUGACCUUAAAAUUGAUGAAAGUUCUUUAACUGGAGAGUCAGACCAAGUCCGCAAAUCUGUUGACAAGGACCCUAUGCUGCUAUCGGGUACCCAUGUCAUGGAAGGCUCUGGGCGCAUGCUUGUAACUGCCGUGGGAGUCAAUUCUCAGACAGGCAUCAUCUUUACUCUAUUAGGAGCUGGUGGAGAAGAGGAGGAAAAGAAAGAUAAGAAAGGUUUGAAACAGGAGGAUGGACGUCAGCUUCCAGUAGAUUCUUCCCAUCCCUCCUCCCACCCUCCUUCAGCUACAGAUGGUGCAGCAGGUGCAAAUGCCACUGAUAAUGCAAAUGCCAGCUUAGUCAAUGGCAAAAUGCAGGAUGGGAAUAUGGAGAACAGCCAGAAUAAAGCCAAGCAGCAGGAUGGAGCAGCUGCCAUGGAGAUGCAGCCACUGAAGAGUGCAGAAGGGGGAGAGGGAGAUGACAAAGACAAGAAGAAAGCAAACAUGCACAAGAAAGAGAAAUCUGUCCUCCAGGGCAAGCUGACCAAAUUGGCUGUCCAAAUAGGCAAAGCAGGUUUGGUGAUGUCUGCCAUUACUGUCAUAAUUUUGGUACUGUACUUUGCUAUUGACACUUUUGUUGUCAGCAAGAAGCAGUGGCUGCCUGAGUGCACUCCUGUCUAUGUUCAAUAUUUUGUCAAGUUCUUCAUCAUCGGUGUUACUGUUCUCGUGGUCGCUGUUCCUGAAGGACUUCCACUUGCUGUCACAAUUUCUCUAGCUUAUUCUGUUAAAAAAAUGAUGAAAGAUAACAAUCUGGUCCGUCACUUAGAUGCUUGUGAGACAAUGGGUAAUGCUACGGCCAUCUGCUCUGACAAAACAGGGACACUAACAACCAACAGGAUGACAGUAGUACAAGCCUACAUUGGUGAUGUCCACUACAAAGAGAUCCCUGACCCCGAUUCUAUAUCAGACAAAACUCUCGAUGUGCUGGUUAAUGCAAUUGCCAUCAACAGUGCUUAUACUACAAAAAUUCUGCCACCAGAAAAGGAAGGUGGCCUGCCGCGUCAGGUUGGCAACAAGACAGAAUGUGGCCUGCUGGGGUUUGUCCUGGAACUGAAGCAGGAUUACCAGCCUGUUCGGAAUCUAAUCCCUGAGGAGAAACUCUACAAAGUAUACACAUUUAACUCUGUGAGAAAGUCAAUGAGCACUGUGAUAAAAAUGGCAGACGGCAGUUUCCGAAUGUACAGCAAAGGUGCUUCUGAAAUUGUUCUGAAAAAGUGUUCUAGAAUCCUAAAUGCAGCAGGCGACAUUCGUGUUUUCAGACCCCGUGACCGGGAUGAGAUGGUGAAGAAAGUGAUUGAGCCCAUGGCCUGUGAUGGACUGAGAACUAUUUGCGUUGCGUACCGGGACUUCAGCAGUAACCCAGAACCAGACUGGGACAGUGAAAAUGACAUUUUAACUGACCUGACCUGCAUUUGUGUAGUUGGUAUUGAAGAUCCAGUAAGGCCAGAGGUCCCAGAAGCCAUAAGAAAGUGCCAGCGAGCUGGAAUUACAGUCCGCAUGGUCACUGGGGACAACAUCAAUACAGCUCGUGCCAUUGCAAUAAAGUGUGGAAUUAUUCAUCCAGGAGAAGACUUUCUCUGCAUAGAGGGAAAGGAGUUUAACAGAAGGAUCCGGAAUGAGAAGGGAGAGAUUGAGCAAGAACGAAUUGACAAGAUCUGGCCAAAACUACGAGUACUUGCUCGUUCAUCUCCCACUGACAAGCACACUUUAGUGAAAGGUAUUAUUGACAGUACGCAGGUGGAGCAGAGGCAGGUUGUUGCAGUGACUGGCGAUGGAACCAAUGAUGGACCAGCACUUAAAAAAGCUGAUGUUGGCUUUGCAAUGGGUAUUGCGGGCACCGAUGUUGCAAAGGAAGCCUCCGAUAUUAUCCUGACAGAUGAUAAUUUCAGUAGCAUUGUGAAGGCUGUCAUGUGGGGCCGUAAUGUUUAUGAUAGCAUCUCCAAGUUCCUACAGUUCCAACUUACUGUUAAUGUGGUGGCUGUGAUUGUGGCUUUCACUGGGGCAUGUAUUACACAGGACUCUCCACUGAAAGCUGUGCAGAUGCUGUGGGUCAAUCUAAUUAUGGACACCUUUGCUUCUCUUGCACUGGCCACUGAACCCCCUACAGAGGCUCUGCUGCUAAGGAAACCAUACGGCAGGAACAAGCCUCUUAUAUCACGUACCAUGAUGAAGAACAUUCUCGGCCAUGCUGUCUACCAGCUCACUCUCAUUUUUACUCUCCUCUUCGUUGGUGAAAAAAUGUUUAAGAUUGACAGUGGUAGGAACGCACCACUCCACUCUCCUCCUUCUGAGCACUACACCAUUAUCUUCAAUACCUUUGUCAUGAUGCAGCUCUUCAAUGAAAUCAACGCACGCAAAAUCCAUGGCGAGAGGAAUGUUUUUGAUGGCAUUUUUAGAAACCCUAUAUUUUGCACUAUUGUACUGGGUACAUUUGCAGUACAGAUAAUAAUUGUUCAGUUUGGUGGGAAACCUUUCAGCUGCUCUCCUCUGCAGCUUGACCAGUGGAUGUGGUGUGUAUUUAUUGGAUUAGGAGAACUUGUCUGGGGUCAGGUCAUUGCAACCAUCCCAACAAGUAGACUAAAAUUUUUAAAGGAAGCAGGGCGUCUCACUGAAAAAGAGGAAGUACCUGAAGAAGAGCUGAAUGAAGAUGUUGAAGAAAUUGACCAUGCAGAGAGAGAACUUCGACGUGGACAAAUUCUCUGGUUCAGAGGGCUCAACAGAAUCCAGACUCAGAUCCGCGUCGUGAAGGCAUUCCGUAGCUCUCUCUAUGAAGGGUUAGAAAAACCAGAAUCUAGAACCUCCAUUCAUAACUUUAUGACUCAUCCUGAAUUUAGGAUAGAAGAUUCCCAACCCCACAUCCCCCUCAUUGAUGACACAGACCUAGAAGAAGACCCUGCUCUCAAGCAAAAUUCUAGCCCACCAUCUUCGUUGAACAAGAACAACAGUGCUAUCGACAGUGGAAUAAAUCUUACAACUGAUACAAGUAAAUCAGCUACCUCUUCUAGUCCAGGAAGCCCAAUACAUAGCCUGGAAACAUCACUUUAGCUGAAAUUUCACUGCAAAAAAUAUAAAUAAAAACAGCAACUGAAGUAUAUACAUAGCGAGCAAGAGAUUAAAAAAACUGUACUAGCUGAGAAGAACUUUUAUUCACUUUAUGAUGAGUGAAUGAAUUGCUGAUCACAGUGGUUUCGGAGAAAUAAUGAAUGGCUGAUUUACAUACUCAAUUUUCCUUACUCGCAGAAAAACAAAUACACCCUCCUGCAUGAAUGUGCAUCCCAGAGCACUCAACCCUCUAGCUCUCAUGUGCGCCAUCCCCUCUCGCCUUUUUUUAAGCAGAAAAUACAGAGGACUUUUUUUUCUGAGGCUAUUUAUCCAAUUCAAUUGUCUGUGAGGGUUUUUUUUUGGUUUUU